GAUUCUGGUCUCAUUAAUAAUUUUAUACUGUUGUUGUCCAUUCCGAAUUACAUAUAAUUGUUUAUUUACAUUUUAUGCAAAAAACAAUCUAUAUAAUCAAUAUAUACUCACAAAAACAGAACAAACUUUAAUUUUCUGCAUGAAUGGCAUGUUUAAAACAUCUAAAAGGGUUGCCAUUCCGUCUCUCAGGUGGCUACACCAACAAAUCAUCAUGAAACGCACAAAGACUGCAAAGGCAGGACCUGCCAAAAAGACCGCUAAAAAGGAGAAACCCAAAUCGGAAGAGAGCGAUCAGGAAUCGAGUGGAAGUAGCCAACUGGAGGCAUCAUCUUCAAAAUCAGUGCUCUCGAAGCCGGAAUACAAGAACUUGGAGCAGUUUCUCACCCACUGUCAAGAUCAGCGAACCUCCACAGCGGCAAACAUUAAGGAAUUUAACUUUUUGAAGAAGAGAGUGCGUGUCCUCUCAAAAAAUGGAGAUGUAGGGGAUUCCUGUGAAGGAGGUGUCAUAUACUGGAUGUCGCGGGAUGGCCGUGUCCAGGACAACUGGGCCCUGCUGUUUGCCCAGCGCCUGGCUCUUAAACUGGAGUUGCCUCUGGCCGUGGUCUUUUGUUUGGUGCCCAAGUUUCUGAAUGCAACCAUUCGACACUACAAAUUCAUGAUGGGAGGUUUGCAGGAGGUAGAGCAGCAAUGUCGCGAGCUGGAUAUACCAUUCCAUCUGCUGCUGGGCCCCGCUGUGGAUCGCAUACCCGAAUUCGUCAAAUCUCGAAAAGUAGGCGCCGUGAUCUGCGAUUUUGCUCCUUUGAGGGUGCCUCGAAAGUGGGUAGAUGAUGUGGUAAAGGCGCUGCCGAAAACAGUUCCAUUGGUUCAGGUGGACGCACACAACGUGGUGCCCGUUUGGGUGGCCUCUGACAAGCAGGAGUAUGCUGCGCGCACCAUUCGGAACAAGAUAAAUUCCAAGCUGAGCGAGUACCUAACCGAAUUUCCGCCCGUAGUUAAACAUCCACAUGGAACUGGUUGCCGGAAGGUCGAUCCCGUGGAUUGGACAGCUGCCUACGAAAUGCUAGAGUGCGACAAGAGCGUAGACGAAGUGGACUGGGCCAAACCGGGCUAUAAGGCAGCCUGCAAGCAACUGUACGAGUUCUGCAGCCGUCGGCUUCGCCAAUUCAAUGACAAACGCAACGAUCCCUUGGCUGAUGCAAUCUCUGGACUUUCGCCUUGGCUCCAUUUUGGCCAGAUUUCGGCCCAGCGAUGUGCUCUGGAAGUACAGCGUUUCCGAGGCCAACACAAAGCUUCGGCUGAAGCCUUCUGUGAGGAGGCCAUCGUGCGAAGAGAGCUGGCAGACAACUUCUGUUACUACAACGAGCACUACGAUAGUCUGAAAGGUCUGAGUUCAUGGGCGUAUCAGACUUUGGAUGCACAUCGAAAGGAUAAAAGGGAUCCAUGCUACUCUCUUGAAGAAAUGGAAAAAGCCCUCACUUACGACGACCUGUGGAAUUCGGCCCAAUUGCAACUGGUACGUGAGGGCAAGAUGCACGGCUUCCUGCGCAUGUACUGGGCUAAGAAGAUCCUCGAAUGGACAGAGACUCCCGAGCAGGCCCUAGAGUACGCCAUUCUACUUAAUGAUAAGUACAGCCUGGACGGACGAGACCCCAAUGGAUACGUGGGGUGUAUGUGGUCUAUCGGAGGAGUCCAUGACAUGGGCUGGAAGGAACGAUCUAUCUUUGGGAAGAUACGCUACAUGAAUUAUCAAGGCUGUCGGCGUAAAUUCGAUGUAAACGCCUUCGUAAUACCACUAACCAUACAACAUAUAGACUUCUCAUUUCAUACAACGAAAAUGGACGCAAAAAUUUCUUGCGACAGGCCCCCGGAGGCCCCAGAGAGAAUCUUACUCUCAUUCUUACGCUCAUUUUUACGCUCAUAAUCUCAUUUAACUUUUUUGGUUGUUCAGUCGCAGAGAGGCGCAUCAUCAAGAAGGUUCUUCUGCGGUUAAACCGAUCUUUAUAUGUAUGCGUGCUCACACAUUCACACACACGGUUUCAUGUGUGCGUUGGAUUUCGUUUUGAAACCAGCUAAAAUUUUUGAUUUUUGUAACUUUACAGGCAUGCUACCCUAAGAAAAUGGGAGUUAUCGUUAUAAUAUACCUGUGAAAAAAUUUUAUUAUAUUUUAUAUUAUAUAUUUUUAUAUAUCAUACUUUUUAUACAUAUUUAGGAAUACGAUUAGAUGGCAGCAGUAAAAUGCUUCACAUAUAUAUUUACGAAAUUACGUAUUUAUAUAUUUACGAACAAUUAAAAAUCAUUGUACUUAGAUAGAAACAGGGUAU